AGAGCGAUUCUAAAACAAUUCAAAAAUUCUAUGGAUAAGAUAUGAUCAACUGCAUGUGUUGUUGGGCUUGAAACUCCCCAUUACCCCCACCCACCCCCCAACCAUGGCUGGUCUGACCAGCACUGUCAAUCACCCCUGCAAAUCCCAGCUCCCCAAACCCCUCAAACCCUUUGCUUUCAACCUCCACAGCUUUUCUUUCCGCAUCCACCGUCCCACCACCACCCGUUGCCCCUCAAUUUCCACUACAUUCACCACAAUCUCCGCCCGCUACGGCGGCGGUGGGGGCGGAGGUGGAGGGGGAUUUCGGAAGUCCCAGCCUAGUGAUGAUGAAGCCCUUGACAUCUCUUCCAUCAGGUCGGAUACUGUAAGGCUUAUUGAUGAGCAGCAAAAAAUGGUUGGAAUUGUAUCAAAAGCUCAGGCUUUUAAAAUGGCUGAGGAUGCUGAGCUUGACUUGGUGAUAUUAUCUCCAGAUGCAGAUCCUCCAGUUGUUAGAAUUAUGGAUUACAAUAAAUAUAGAUAUGAGCAGCAGAAGAAGAAGAGAGAUCAACAGAAGAAAAGUGCUGCUAGCCGCAUGGAUCUGAAGGAACUGAAGAUGGGUUACAAUAUUGAUGUCCAUGACUAUUCUGUGCGUUUGAAAGCAGCUCAGAAAUUUUUGAAAGAUGGUGAUAAGGUAAAGGUUAUAGUUAACUUGAAAGGGCGUGAAAAUGAGUUUAGAAAUAAUGCCAUUGAGCUUAUCAGACGGUUUCAGAAUGAUAUUGGAGAGCUAGCAACAGAAGAAAAUAAAAAUUUCAGAGACAGGAAUAUUUUUAUAGUACUGGUACCGAACAAAGCUGUUGCACAGAAGUCCCAAGAGCCACCAAAGAAAAAGGAUAAUUCUGUGGAGAAUGAAGUUUCAGCUAGCGUUUGAACGCACUCGAAAGGCAAUUUUGUUCUCCUUAUGAACUCAGAUUGAGCAAAUAGUGUUCUUUUUAGUCUUUUUACUGUGUCCCCAAGAUCUUACAGGAUCCUAUGCUCUUGUAUAGAGAUUUAGCGCAGAAAUUGUACAAGAAUAUGUGUCUAACUCAUAAAUGUGAAAGAACAAGGCAUUCUAGUUUCUUAGUAUUGCAGCAGGACCACUACUUGAAGCUGA